AUGGCGACUCCGAUCGGUUCUCCCCGUGUCCCCUCGACUGUCGGUUCUUCACUAGUGACGCCAGUUGCUCGGGAUGUCGUGGAGCCCGAUGAUAGUGCCCACGCAUCUCGCUGCACUGCGCCCGCCUCGCACGCUUCGCUCGCUCGCUCUGCUUCGCUGCUUGCUUCGCCGCCUGCUGAGGACGAUCAGAGAGCUCAGCACCAUGCGCCGCCUUUGCCAUGCUCUGCUGCUGCUUUCGCAACGCCUGGCACGAUGCCCGCCGGCAUGCUGCCUGCUUCUGCCACCGCUCGUGCUUUGCCUUUGUUGCCUGCCUUUUCUGCGUCCGCUGCUCCUGCUGCUUCCGCACCUACCCUUCUUCCGACCGAUCUUUCAGCUUGUCCUCUGUCCCUUCGCGGGGAUCCAGAGGGCGCUCGGGCCCUCUUUGGGUCCGGGCCGGACGGCCGUGGUCCACCGAUUUCGGACCCGGCGUCCUUCCGCCCACCGCGCCCCGAUUCCUACGGGCCGGUGGCUGGCCGCGGUGGAGCCUCGCUCCCCGACGAGCCCAUGAGCGAGCAUCCGGGUGCACCCCAUGAUUCCGUCGCAACGAUUACCGCGGCGGGUCAUGGUGGUGCCGCCCCCGCCAUCGAUAACGGCGGGUGGCAUACCGGACCCUGUGCUGUCAGGGCCCUGGUCGAUGAAGCCAUUGGGUCAGAAGCAUCCGCGCACAUCGCCACCGAUAUUCUGGCGAUCGCGCAGGGUGUGACCAACACCCAAGCCGACCUCGAUAUACUGAGGAACGGCGUCUCGGAUAUCACCGAAGCGCUCGAGAGCAAGAUCCGAGACAUGUGGGAGCUUCUUCAGGCCGAGUUGAGGAAAGAGCGUGAGCUGUUCAUGCAGUUCCAGGACUCUUUCCGCGAGAGGCGGAUUUCUGAUCACGAAACGCUUGAAGAUCAUUUUGCGAAGCUCACUUCGACGAUCAACGAUCGACUCAUUGAGUUCGAUGAGCGGAUCCAUCAAUUCAACGAAAAGCGUGCUGGGUCGCUAUCCAUGCAGCUUGCCGAAACGAUCCGCCACAUCAAGCAGUACCCAGACGCGCUGCGGCAGAUUCAGAUCAAUAUCUCUAAUGCCGAAGCGCGCGUUGCUGCGGUGGAGCAGAACGCUACCCACCGCAUCGAAGUCAUCAGAUCCGAGAUGAGUCGCGCUCUCUACGAUCAUAAGGAGAGUAACCGAGCUCAUAUCGAUCAGCUGACUGCUCGGAUCCAGCACCUCGAAAACGCUCAUGUCCGCAGAGGCGGUUCUGAUAGAUCAACGCCUUCGCGUCCGGAACGGACGCAGUUCUUCGAUAUCAGUGACCAUGGUGGGGAUAUUCCACGCCCCGCGGACCUGCCGCCAGUUCCAGGUGCUCUAUUCCCUGGCGGACCGACUACAGCCAUUCCGAGGUCUUCCCUGUUGGGUCCGAUCGAUCACGGCUCUCCGCCGGGAUGCAACGCUGCGCCUGCUGAAAAGGCCUCAACGGUUCACUCUCAGACGAGUGGAAUCAAUCUCGAUGAAAUUCUGAGGCGAGCGCAGCAACGAGUCGCUGACGAACAACCUGCCGAAAGCCAUAUCAAGUCGAUGAUGCUCUUCGCGCUGACAUCCGACAUGUCCCUGAAGCUCGAAGCUUCGCUCCUGAGCCCAGGUCAAGCCCGACCUUCCCAUGCCAAAUCUCCUAUGAUACUCGAACCGUCCCGGCAGGGAAGGGACCAUCACGAUGGUAUGAUGCGAUGCUUGGCCGAUCAAAUCUCAUUGGCAACAGUGCUGGCGCACCAAUUCUCCAUAGUCGACCGGUACUUUUACCCUUGCGCCGAACACGAGCGUUACUGCGACGCUUCAGCAUGCUGCAGCCAACGAUGCCAUGCCCCCGAUGCCUACCUUCAGUGCCAGAACGUCCGUUCCUGCACCCAGUGCCGCGCCAUCCGGGUUUGCGGACCGCCGCCCGACAUGGACACCACGGGUCCGGUUUUGGCCCCGGUGGCGGUGGUGGCCCACCCGACGGCACACCUGGUGGUCCGCCUGGUGGUGGUGGCCCUCCUCACAGUAGUGGUCCGCCCCAUGGCGGCCUUGAUCCGCCUAGCAUCAGGCCCUCCGGUCGGCCGAGUGGGAACGAUACGUUCCAGUGCGAGCGCUGCACCGGAACUUUCCCGACCACCGUGCGACGGUCGUGCAUAUCUUGCCGAUUCUCGUGCUGCAACGGAUGCAAAGUGCAAGUCCUUUCGUCUCGAUCCCGAGCCGGAGCCUGCUCAGCUGCGACGCUGGAUAGUCGAUAUGAAAGAGCGAGUCGCGAACGCAUUUGCCUACGAUCCCGGAUACGCACUCUCAUGGGUUGAGAUUCCCGAUGGUACACGAUAUGAGGAUCUCCUCGAUGAGUGCAAGUACGGAAUGCUUGAAAACGAAUGCAACUCUGCGUUCCGUGAGUGCGUCCGAUCCAUUGCACUGAAGAUCCAGACCGAGACCGAGCGCAUGCAUACGAUAAACCGGCGACUCGGAAGUAGGCAGGUCUUGUGGCUAUUGUAUGAUUUCCUUCGACCACAUGUCACCGGCGAUUCGACUUUCAAGCUCGUUGACCUGAUGAAGACCACGAUUGAUCGGUUUACUCAUGGAUCCGAGCAGGAAAGGCUGGAAGCCUUCUCCAAUCGGUGGGAUCAUGUUCUCGCUGGUAUCUCAGUCGAUCGCCCCGAAGAUCCUGUUCUCUGCGCCCUCUUUUACGAGCAGGUGCGUGAGUUCCGCUGUCUCGAGCUCGACAUGCAGCUAUGGGACAGGGACGUAUCCGUACGGAACUACGCAUACUUGCGAACCGUCUGCGUCAAUGCGAUUACAACUUGGCGCCGACGACGCAAUCAAGAAAAGAUGUACACCGCUACAAGGUCUACUUCUGCGCAGAGACGAUACGCUGAGAGGGAGUCCGUACCGAAGGAGCUCGCCGAGGCGCUCGUCACCCAGACGAUCCUCCCCGCGACGCGGAUCGCCAAGGCGAUAUUCCCGCAGUCCGGGACGAGCAGCUCCCGCACCGACUCGCCCGAUGUCGCGAUCCCCGCGAGAGCACUUCUGUUGCCGCUCCUGCGCCUGCUGAGCCCGCGCCGACAUCAAGCAAUGACAGCAUCCUCCUUUGGAGACUUUGCGUUCGCUUGUGCAGCAUCAUUCGAUAUGGCAUGUCCGUCAGUCAAGCGGAAGACAGUGUCAUUUGGGAACACUGAGACCCGCGUGAUAGAGUCUUCUUUCCCGGAGCCGGCCUUCGGCCCCGUCAAUCGCGAGAGGAAUUUGAGCUAUUCGUGGCCGGAAAAUAUCCGUGGUCUGAAUAGCGCUCGCGAGAGGCGAAGAGCCCAUAUGAAAGCCGUGCUGUGGCGAGAGCAGGUUUUGCUCGAUGACAUUGAUGCCAAAACGUUAGGAAAUGAUGCUUGUGUUCUUGAGCUCACGCUUUCUCAGCGGAGCGCUUGCGAAGUCUUUGCUGAAAGGGAUCUGAUCGUCCAGAAUGCUAAGAUCAGUCUUCGGACAGCUAACGGGAAGACCAACACCAAGGGUGUCGCGCAUAUGCGCAUCGAUGGUCUUGAUGAACUGAUUGAAGCUUAUGUGUUGGAAAGCACGAAAAAUUUCCUUUCCCUUGGGAAACGAUGUAAGGAGCUUGGUUAUCGAUUCAUUUGGGAGCCCUUUUGCGAUCCGAUAUUCUUUGAUCCGAAAGGGAAACGCCUCAAGGUCGACGUGAUCAAUAAUAUUCCCUACCUUGCUCCAAGUGAGACAGAGGUAGUGGCCGGCCGACCUGAUCUCCCUCGUGUGUAUCCGGCCCUCCCAGCACCGAUUAUCGUCCACGAAAAGGUCGUUGCAGCUGGUGAGGAGCCUGGCAGCGAAUUAGACGCUGUCGGAGAACUUGAUCUCGAUAUGCCCAACGCCAAGAGCGUUCAGAAGAGUGCACCUGACGAUAACAAGAAGGUGCCCGACAAGGGUAAGCCUCAGUCGCCGCCUGAUGUCUUUGGCGAUCUUCGAGACGUGAACUCGUGCUCCAUGGAUGUGGAGAGGAGGUAUGCACCUUCUGCGAUUCGGGAGAUCUAUUGUGAUAAAGCCCGUGAGUUCAUAUCGACCUGCAAGAAAGUCGGCAUAUCUGUGAAGCACUCCACCCCGGGAAUGCCUCGAACUAAUGCCAUUGCCGAGAGCAAGGUGAAGCUUGUCCUUCAUGGCGCACGUGUGGCGCUACGACAAGCGGGAUUGAGCGCCAAAUUCUGGCCUUACGCAUGCAAGCACUUCUGCCAUGCUCGUAACAUCGAAUUGCGCGAGGGUCAGAGUGCCUAUGCGAUGCGAUUUGAUGGUGUUGAGUUUGACGGUCAGAUUCUGCCGUUUGGUUGCCUUGUUGACUUCUAUCCUACGCCGGCACGAAAACAGACCCGGCGGAGUCAGAGAGAUGAAGUUGUCCUCGGCGAUGGUGAGGAGUACGCCGUACCUGCGCCUGGGGCCGACGGACUGAUUGAUGUCGAAAUUGGUUUCGAUGACGAUGGUUAUUUAGAGUGGAUUGAUGACGGAGACAAUGAUCAAUCUAGCACUCUUCAGGGCGCCGAAGUUGAUCAACGCUUGUCGUCUUACCAACGCCCCAGUAAGUUCUCCCCUACGAGUAAGCCUGGUAUUUUUCUGGGUUAUCAUUUUGAGAACGGGGGCAAGUGGGACGGUGACUACAUUGUCGCCGAUUUGGAAGAUUUCAAACGCGAUGCGUUGCGUGCGAGCGUCCACCAGGUCAAGAAGAUAUAUUGCUCACCCAAGGAGCGAUGGACGUUCCCGAUGCUCGCCGUGUACGACAAGCAGACUCGAUCAAUGUGCAUCAACGAUCCCUGCGAUGCAGUCUUGUGCGCCUCAAUCUAG